AUGCUCCCCCCUUCGCUCUUCCGCCCCGCGUGGCAGGACCGACGCUCGUCCUCCAUUGCGGCCCCGCCACUGGUCUUCCGUGCCCCGCCCAGGCCCACUUCCCGCUGUCCGCCCCUGGCGCUGAGCGUCGCGCAGCACGAGCCACCGAAGGAGAAGGCCGGCGUGAAGCUGCUCGUGGGGGCCGCCGUCUGCCUCGCGUACGAGUUCGCGCUCGGCCACUACCUCGAGUUCAUCAAGAUCAUGAAGCAGACGCAGCCGCAGCUCUCGUACGUGCAGUUGACGCAGGAGAUCAUGCACGCCAAGGGCCUCGUGGGGGUCUGGGACGGCUUCCUCCCGUGGGGCGCGCUGCAGGGCGUGGCCAAAGGUGCGGUCUUUGCCUGGGGCCACUCGAUCGCGCGCACGGGGCUGAGCCCGUUCAUCCAGAGGGGCGCCGUGAGCCGAGACGCGUCGGAAGUGAUUGCCGGCGGCAUUGGGGGCGGCUUCCAGGGCUUUGUCCUGAGUCCGACGCUGCUGCUCAAGACGCGCGUGAUGACGGACCCGAUCUUCCGCGAGCACAUGACGCCGCUCGAGACCGUGUCGCGCUCCAUGCGCAUUGGCGUCAAGGUCAUCCAGCAAGAGGGCGGGAUGGCGCUCAUGAAGGGGUCGGGCAUGUUCUCGCUCAAGCGCGUGGCCGACUGGUCCACGCGCUUCUACUUCUCCGUGCAGGCGGAGAACCUCUUGUACAAGCGCAAGAACCCCGACCAUGUGCUGCAAACGAGCGAGCAGAUCCAACAGGCGUCGAAAGCCGGGGAAAAGGUGUCUGCUCUCGAGCUCUUUCGACAGCAGUACCGGGCUGGGGGGCUCAACAAGGUGCUGGCGUUCGGGACGACGGGCUUCGUCGCGCGCUUUGUCCACGCGAGCUUCACGACCAUGAUCAUGAAGACAGCAACGAGUGUGGUGUACGACAUGGUCGAGCGUCGCCACUAG